AUGGCUGCCCCAAUGCUGACCUUCAUUAUCUGUGGGCUGUUAACUCAGAUGGCCAAAGGCUGGUGGGAACUAAAGUGCUGGAAAAAUGACUUGGGACACUGCAGAAGACGAUGUUUAGAUAAUGAAAGAUACAUCCGACUUUGUAAGAACAAGGUGUCCUGCUGUCUUCCCUUGCGGUUUUCACAUGAAUACACUCGCAGACCACCACCUGCCUUCAUGCGACCAGAAGAUGUCACCGUUGACUUCAGUGACUGGACCCCUUUUCCUGUUUCACCGAACCUAAGCGAUACAUUCCCCUUUAAUACAAAUGAGCCUUAUGAAACUUUCCCUACAACUCAGGAGCAACAUACUUCUAAGAUUGUAGAACACACAUCUCAGGUAUAUGUUAUUAGAGCUAUUUAA